GUCGAAAUUUAAAAAGUGAAAAGAAAAAAGAACACUCAAAACCCAUUUCUCUUCAAAAACGUCACCAAAACCUCUCUGCUUCUCAACUUUUUCGACCUUCUUCAGCUAUGGCUUCUACUUCAUCUGCGGCUCUUUCACAAGCCGUAUUGCCACGGACCAUUUCCCACCAUGCUUCAAAUCCUUCUGCUGAUCGUGUUUCUCUUUCCACUCGCUCUCUUCCCACUUUCUCCGGCCUCAAAUCCACCAACUCCGCCGCCGUCGUUGCAUCAUCUAGACGGAACAGGUCUUCUCGGAGUCGAUGUGGAGUGGUUCGAGCUUCGGUCGCUGAGACUGUCGAUAAAACCACUGACACUUCGUUGAUUGAGAAGUCUGUCAAUACGAUCCGUUUCCUCUCGAUUGAUGCUGUGGAGAAGGCGAAUUCGGGUCACCCGGGAUUGCCGAUGGGUUGCGCUCCGAUGGGCCAUGUUUUGUACGACGAGGUUAUGAGGUAUAAUCCCAAGAAUCCUUACUGGUUUAAUCGGGAUCGGUUCGUCUUGUCAGCUGGCCAUGGAUGCAUGUUGCAGUACGCUUUGCUUCACCUUGCUGGAUAUGAUAGUGUUAAGGAAGAGGACUUAAAGAAUUUCCGUCAAUGGGAAAGCAGAACUCCUGGGCAUCCCGAGAACUUCGAGACACCUGGAAUUGAAGUAACAACUGGUCCUCUUGGACAGGGUGUUGCAAACGCUGUUGGUUUGGCACUUGCUGAGAAGCAUUUAGCCGCUCGUUUCAACAAGCCAGAUAACGAAAUCGUAGACCAUUACACGUAUGUUAUACUGGGAGAUGGGUGCCAAAUGGAGGGAAUUGCCAAUGAAGCUUGUUCGCUUGCUGGGCACUGGGGACUAGGCAAGCUAAUUGCUUUCUACGAUGACAACCACAUCUCAAUUGAUGGUCACACAGAGAUUGCAUUCACCGAGAAUGUUGACAAACGAUUCGAGGCUUUAGGGUGGCAUGUCAUCUGGGUGAAAAAUGGAAAUAAUGGUUAUGAUGAGAUUCGUGCUGCCAUUAGGGAAGCGAAAGCUGUAAAAGACAAACCCACUUUGAUCAAGGUGACAACAACUAUUGGUUACGGAUCUCCAAACAAGGCAAAUUCCUACAGCGUACAUGGUAGUGCACUGGGUGCGAAGGAAGUUGAUGCCACAAGACAGAACCUUGGAUGGCCAUACGAGCCUUUCCAUGUGCCCGAAGAUGUUAAGAAGCACUGGAGUCGUCACACCCCUCAAGGAGCUGCUCUUGAAGCCGAAUGGAACGCUAAGUUUGCCGAAUACGAGAAGAAAUAUGCAGAGGAAGCUGCUGAACUGAAGGGUAUUAUUAGUGGCGAACUACCUGCUGGUUGGGAAAAAGCAUUGCCAACAUACACCCCGGAGAGCCCAGCGGAUGCCACUAGAAAUCUGUCCCAACAAAACCUUAAUGCCCUUGCAAAGGUUCUUCCUGGUUUCCUUGGUGGCAGUGCUGACCUUGCUUCAUCAAACAUGACCCUGCUUAAAUCAUUCGGAAACUUCCAAAAGGACACUCCUGAAGAGCGUAAUCUUCGAUUUGGUGUUAGAGAGCACGGGAUGGGAGCCAUCUGCAAUGGAAUUGCCCUUCACAGUCCUGGACUCAUUCCUUAUUGUGCUACGUUCUUUGUUUUUACAGACUACAUGAGAGCUGCCAUUAGGAUAUCUGCCUUAAGUCAAGCUGGUGUAAUCUAUGUCAUGACUCAUGACUCAAUCGGUCUUGGUGAAGAUGGGCCGACCCAUCAGCCAAUUGAACAUCUGGCAAGCUUUAGGGCUAUGCCGAACAUAUUGAUGCUCCGACCAGCUGAUGGUAAUGAGACUGCAGGGGCAUAUAAAGUUGCAGUACUUAACCAAAAGAGACCUUCCAUUCUUGCCCUUUCUCGCCAAAAGUUGCCAAAUCUCCCUGGAACUUCUAUUGAGGGAGUCGAAAAGGGUGGAUACAUUCUCUCAGACAAUUCCUCAGGCAACAAGCCUGAUGUUAUCUUGAUUGGAACCGGUUCCGAACUUGAAAUUGCUGCCAAAGCAGCAGAAGAACUAAGAAAGGAAGGAAAGGCUGUUCGACUUGUUUCCUUCGUCUCCUGGGAGCUCUUCAACGAGCAAUCAGAUGCAUAUAAGGAAAGUGUUUUGCCUGCUGCUGUUUCUGCCAGAGUGAGUAUUGAGGCUGGAACAACAUUUGGGUGGGAGAAGAUCGUCGGAAGCAAAGGCAAAGCAAUCGGCAUUGACCGCUUCGGAGCAAGUGCUCCAGCAGGGAAAAUUUACAAAGAGUUCGGUAUAACCGUGGAAGCUGUUAUUGCCGCUGCUAAACAAGUUAUUUAGAACAGGUUAGUCAAUUUGUUUGAAUUUGGGCGGGAAUUUCUGUAGAGACCACUUCCAAGAGAUUUUGUUCUAACGACACGAUCUCUUAUGUUGCAAUAAAAAGGUCUGAGUAUUCUGUCCAUUGUGUGUCUAUGUUUUUCUGUGAAGAGGCAUUGUUUGACGACGAUAGAAACUAGGAUUUCUCUAUCUUUCUCAUGUUCUUUUUCCCUUUUCUCCUCAUAAGUAAUAAUAUCACUAUCAA